AUGGCUUAUAGUAAUAUUAACGAUAAAAAUUCAGCUUUACGUUUUGCUGAUGUGGGUACAUUACCAAAGCGAAUGUUGGCACCAAUCGAAGGUUAUGAGAAAGUACCACUCGUAACGCUUGAGGAAGCUGUGAAACCUCUUGUCAACAUUGUACCUAAAGUCGAACGAAAUGUAUUCGUAGUCAAACAAAACUGCCAAGAACCAGAAGAUGGUUUAACAACUGACGAAUCGGCUUCAAUUAUGCUUUACACAUAUGAAUCGAUGCCACAUGAAGACUCCCUUGAAGAUGAAAUACUUUUAUUACCCGCCAGACAAUUGCAAGUCACAUCUUAUCUUAAUUCCGGCCAUGGGCUCCAUAUUGUACAACUGACAGAAUUGAAGCCACAGUUCGAUCUUCUUGAGCCAGUACCAUUGCCUAGUCCAUCAGUUCAACCCAAGAAAAAGUCACAAAUGAAAUCUCAAUCAUCAGCAACAGCGACUGCAGCCAAACCUAUUGCUGGAGCCAUGGAAGAACAAUUCGCAACAAUGCAGCUAAGCAAGAAUACAAAGUCACGAGUAAUUCCCAAUAUUCCACUUGAUGCCCGAUGGGCACAGAAUGGUGUGACUGUUGCUGGAGGCCAUGGAGAAGGCAAUGCUACCAAUCAACUCAAAUAUCCUCAUGGUCUCUUCGUUGAUGAUGAUCAAACGAUGUUCAUCGCUGACUUCGGCAAUCAUCGUAUCAUUCAAUGGAAGAUGGGCGAUACGAAUGGACAAGUAGUAGCUGGUGGUAAUGGCCAAGGAAAUCGAUUGGAUCAAUUGGAUUCCCCAACCGAUGUGUUGAUCGACAAAGAGGCGGAUAGUCUCAUUAUUUGCAAUACUCGACGAGUCGUACGACGGUCUCGUCGUAGUGGUACAACUCAAGGAGAAAUCCUCUUCGACAACAUUAGUUGUCGGGGAUUGGCCAUGGAUGAUCAGAGAUAUCUAUACAUCUCUGACGUCGGAGAACAUAAAGUAAGACGAUAUCAAAUAGGAGACAAGAAUGGAACUCUUGUGGCUGGUGGCAAUGGUGGAGGGGCUGCUCUCAAUCAACUCAAUAAUCCGUACUACAUCUUUGUCGAUCAACAACAGAAUGUCUACGUGUCAGAGUACAAAAAUCAUCGUGUGAUGAAAUGGAAUAAAGGUGCAAAAGAAGGAAUUGUUGUCGCUGGAGGUCAAGGCGAAGGGAAUGCUCUGACACAAUUGUCGCAUCCUAAUGGACUCUUCGUCGAUACUUUGGGACUUACUACAUGUUUUGUUAAAUCGGUUCUGCCCGUCGAAAUCAAUCACUUUCUAUCAUCUCGUGAGGAUUGUUAUAUAUAUAAAUGUAUUAAUGAUAAACAACCAACAAUUCGUACAUUAACUGAAACAAAAAUUAUAUUAUCUCAACGUCAAUGA